CCCAAACAAGGGACAGUUUGGUGGUGAUUACUGCCGGAUGGUUCAAACUAAGUGGAUUUUCUCUGUAUAUCAAACUUAAAUCACAAUGUCUCAGGACCCGUGGUUGCAGAACUAUGAUGCCACUUGUCGCUUGGCACAGGAAAUAGCAGAAAACAUUCAUGAGCGAAGCAGGCAGCAGAGAACAGGGGGGAACCCUGCAAAGAUCAACAUGACACUACGAGCAUCGCUGCAGAAACUCAAACAGAACAUCGCCCAGCUUAAAGAGGGUCUGUUGCGAGCAUCAUCAUCCCGGCGCUUAAUACAGUCAGAAGCUGAUAGGAGGCAGAACCUAAUUGAUGACUUGCUAACCCGAGAGAAGCAACUCAAUGCCACCUUCAAGGGCGACAUCCCGGAGCCUGAACCUUCCAG